GUAGCCAGUGAGAUUAGUUUCGUAUUUGUUGUCGUUUUUUUUUCUCUUUUUGUAAUCAUUUGUAAAAAUUCGCUCGAAUUUCAGUUACGGAAGCAAAUUACUUAUUAAGCGGCCAUGCCCCUUGGACGCAUCACCAAAUUGAAUGUUAACAUUGACAAGUGUCAGACGCAUAUCUCGUAUGAAGACUAUUCCACGCGUUUUGUCAUGAACAAUCCGUCCGGAUUUGUUUUCCGCAGCAAAGGCAACGCCAAUUGUCGCUGCUGCCAGGACUGUGCCAGCCAGGCUGUCGGCUUUCUCAAACGCCAUUUCGGAUUGGGCGGCAGUAUCACAAAGACGCCUUCCCUAUGUAAUUUGCUUUUAACUGUUGGUCUUGACGAAUACGCAUUUAUCGAAGUGAGGCACAUCGAGGAGCCGUCGGUUUCGGCGAAUACGAGCGAACACGAGCAGAGCCAGCUGCACACCUGGCACAUGGAGGAGUUGCCUCUGGUAUUGCCGCAGCGUGCCACCAAAUUGGAAAGGAUCAAGGGAAAGCUGCAAGUGUUAUCUCUCGCUUGGCAUCUGGACAGCUGCAAGUGCCGAAAUUUCACCGCCAACGAUUAUGCGCUGCCCAAAUGCCACUGUCUGAAGAUCAAGGAGACCAUGGACUAUAUAAACGAGGUGGUCGGCGAGAUGCCCACGCAGGAGCAACAGGAGGAGGAGGCUUCCAAGAGUGAUAUUCGCAUCAUGCCCGAUAUGAAUGCCAAUAUAAUUGGGAUCAAUGCGCUGCUUCAAAAGCUAAGCGAACUGCUGGAGGAGCAGAACUAUGAGCAGGGCAAUGUGCCGCAAUAGCUUGAACAAAAAGCAAACAAUAUCUUCCACGUGUCUUGAGAUUGUGAUCUAUCGAUAGUUUAUUAAAACACACAUUUUCAUUUCA